AUGAGCGUCUUUACUGACGAUCCCAUUCAUCAGGAGACGAAAUCAGAUGACGCUCCAAAUCAACCGCUGAAUGUCCACGAGAUAGUCGACACUCUCUUGAAACGGGACAUUUCGCCACGCCCCCGAGGACCACUAAUACGCGACGCGCAAGCGAUUGCGGAGCAAAUUAGAAUCAGAACAGCAAUGGGUGACUUCCACGAUGUGGUUUCGUGUGAUCGUAGAGUUGCAGAACGGCGAAAACGCCGGACCAAUAGAAAGCAGGCAAUGACGAUCGGUAAAAAGGGGGGCAAUGCUGACAGAGGCGAGGGGGAAGGUGAGGACGCAGAGGAGGACGAUGAUUCUGAAACUUCAGAGGACGACGAGGAGGUCAAGCGCAUGGACUUCGCCGAGUCCAUUCUCCUGAACAGCGGUAAAUCGCGGAUCUCCUACACGUACCUGCAAUUCCUCAAGUACAUCCGCUACAUCAUGGCCACCAAUCGACAGGGCACUCUCAUUACUCUCAUCUACAUUCGACACAUGAACUUUCGAUCGAAGGACGUAGCGCAGGCAUUCGAUGUUUCGCAGUGCACGACGCUGCUGCUGAACCUGCUCUCCGUCGAUGAUCCACCUGUCCAAAUCGCUGCGAUGCGCGUCCUUGACAAGGUGUCCUCGUUCGCGUACUUCGCUCGACUCAUUGUUCACUUGGGAGGCGUCAAACUCCUGCUCAAUAACCUCUACGAUCCGAACAUUCAGAUGAAAAGAGCGGCCGGCCGAAUAAUUGGCAAUCUUUGCAUCCUCAAGAAGGCUCGAAUGCUACUGGCCAAAAUGAACGCCAUAAAACCGAUUGUCUGUCUUUUGGACGAAAAUACCAAGAAGAUUGCGGCCCUGCACACCGACUACGAGCGGCGAAUUCGAAUGCUGAUAGCGUUCAACACGGCGCCAGAAAAGACGCUGAAAGCGAAGUUGCGUAAUCUGGAGAAACUGGCCGAAUCCAAGCGACGCCAGACCGACAGCCUGCUGAGAAUCCUCGGGGUUGUGUUGUGCGCACUGUCCAAGAAUCCCGAGGGUCGUUUGGCCCUGCAGCAGGCUGGGAUGGUUUCCGUGUUCACGACUCUCAUCCCAUUGGCGCACUCCGACGUCCUUGGUUCCGUGAUGUCCACCCUUCAAGCCUGCUGUGUGGAUGAGUACUUUAGAAUAGCGAUUCUGACUGAAGGCAUCCUUCCACACCUCCUGGAGUGCUUGAGCACUUCGCACCUGUCCGUCAAAUUGCCGUGCACCUUCACGCUGUCCCAGUGCGCAGAGGAACAGGCAAUUCGAGAUGAAAUCCGCAAAAUGAAUGGUCUCGACGUUAUAGUUCGAUUUCUGCGCUGGGAGGUUCGGAAUCCGAAGGGUGCGCUGGAGAACAUUCGGAUGGCAUUUAUGGUGCGUGGACAGGCGUUCGACGAAGAGGGCUUUGUGAACUCCCUCCUGCGACUUCAGGAUCGCAGUGAACUUCGGACUCCCAGCCCUCAUUCCAGGGUGAGCAUCGUCAUAAACAAGACCUGCGUGUUCAAGAGUCCACAAGAGGAGCUGAGUGCGGAGGCGCGCGAACGUGCCCAAGCCGUGAACGUUGCGCACGAGACCUUCCUGGUUGGACUGACGGAGCUAAUUUGGAAGACCUCGCUGUCCGAGGAGAACGUGAAAAUCUACCACGAGAAGCGCCUAAUCGGUGACCUGAUGCGCCUCGUGGUGGAACUGCCGCGUCUGUUUGGUCCGUUUCGACGGCCUGCCACCACCGCCUCCGCCAAACUCAACGGCCUGGAUCGCGCGGAGAAGGUUGUUCUGCACUGCCUGUUCGCUCUUUCCCUGGUAGCUCAACUGCCGGUUGUGCGGAAAAACAUCGCUAGAUCGCCGCACGGCGUCAAACCGUGGAUCGUGCUGCUCCGUUUGGCCAUCAUCGACCUGAUUCCUGCUGUGUGCAUCUCGUUGCGUGUGCUGCUGCAAAACAAGAAGCUGCGCGAACAGUUUGUGGGCUUCGGUGGGCUUCGUCUGCUCUUCGCCUACGUCAACACUGAGGCGGGUGAAGCGCGGCGCGAGGCCCUGCAGACGAUCGAAACGUGCCUGAGGUACUCCGACGACGUCCGGCGUCUGAUCAAGCCGUUGGUGACGUCCACGUCUGUCGUGGUCGCAUUCGUCUCCACGAUGGCCACAGACGAGGCGACCCAGAUCGCGGCCUUGGACCUCAUCGCGCAGAUGGCUCGCGACAGCAACACCCUCGCCAUCAUGUCCGACCUCGGCGUGAUCGAGGGCCUCUCGCGGAUCCUUGAAUGGGCCUACACCGACGCCCUGAAGAUUAGCGUCUCGCGGACCAUUUCUGCGUGCUCCUACUACGGCAAGAACGCCCAGUUCCUUGGCGAGGCUAACUGUGUUCCGCUGCUGGCCGAGAACGCCAGAUCGGACAACCACGAGCUGCGCAACGUGGCUGUGCGUGCGCUCUACGGCCUGAGUCACGUGCCAGCCAAUGUGGCCAAGAUAUGGGAAGCCAACAUCUGCAGCAUCCUCAUCGAGGUCUCGGGGUCCAGCGCUACUCAGGUUCAGUUGGCGGCUGCAGGGACCUUGAGCAGAAUUCGUCAGCUGGAGUUUCAGGGGACGUGUAAUAAAGGCGAGUAG